UGAGGCCCCCUCCCAAAUAAUUGAGUUUGGGUCUUGGUUGGUUGUUUUUUUUCCUCCAAAAUUUUAAACCCCUUCCCCCUGAGCCCGAGGUGCUGACGUCGCAAAAAAAUUGGAUAAAACCACGAUCAUGGGUUCAGGUCCCAUAGACCCCAAAGAGCUUCUCAAGGGCCUGGAUAGCUUCCUUAACCGAGAUGGGGAAGUUAAGAGUGUGGAUGGGAUUUCCAAAAUCUUCAGUCUGAUGAAGGAAGCACGAAAGAUGGUGAGUCGGUGCACUUACUUGAACAUUCUUCUGCAGACCCGUUCACCAGAAAUAUUGGUCAAAUUUAUUGAUGUUGGUGGCUACAAGCUUCUUAACAAUUGGCUGACGUAUUCAAAGACGACCAACAACAUUCCCCUCUUGCAGCAGAUUCUACUCACCCUGCAGCACCUACCGCUCACUGUGGACCAUCUUAAGCAGAACAAUACAGCCAAGCUGGUGAAGCAGCUGAGCAAGUCGAGUGAGGAUGAAGAACUCCGGAAAUUGGCCUCAGUCCUUGUCAGCGACUGGAUGGCUGUUAUCCGCUCCCAGAGCAGUACCCAGCCUGCUGAAAAAGAUAAGAAGAAACGGAAGGAAGAGGGAAAGAGUCGAACCACUCCUCCUGAGCGACCCUUGACUGAGGUGAAGGCUGAGACCCGGACUGAGGAGGCCCCAGAGAAGAAGAAAGAGAAACCCAAGUCUCUUCGAACCACAGCUCCCAGUCAUGCCAAGUUCCGUUCCACUGGACUAGAGCUGGAGACACCGUCUUUGGUGCCUGUGAAGAAGAAUGCCAGUGCAGUGGUGGUUUCUGACAAGUAUAAUCUGAAACCUAUCCCCCUGAAGCGGCAGAGCUCUACAGCAGCUCCAGGAGAUGCUGUCCCCCCUGCAGAGAAGAAAUACAAGCCACUCAACACAACACCCAAUGCCACCAAAGAGAUCAAAGUGAAGAUCAUUCCUCCACAACCUAUGGAGGGCCUAGGUUUUCUGGAUGCUCUCAAUUCAGCCCCUGUCCCAGGCAUCAAAAUUAAGAAGAAGAAGAAGGUGCUAUCACCUACAGCUGCCAAGCCAAGCCCCUUUGAAGGGAAAACAAGCACAGAACCAAGCACAGCCAAACCUUCUUCCCCAGAACCAGUCCCUCCUUCUGAGGCCAUGGACACAGAGCGUCCAGGGACCCCAGUACCCCCUGUUGAAGUCCCAGAGCUCAUGGAUACAGCCUCUUUGGAGUCAGGGGCUCUGGAUGCAAAGCCAGUGGAGAGUCCUGGAGAUCCCAGCCAACUGACCCGUAAAGGCCGGAAGAGGAAAACCGUGACGUGGCCUGAGGAGGGCAAAUUGAGGGAAUACUUUUAUUUUGAACUGGAUGAAACUGAACGAGUAAAUGUGAAUAAGAUCAAGGACUUUGGUGAGGCAGCUAAGCGAGAGAUACUGUCAGACCGACAUGCAUUUGAGACAGCUCGGCGUCUGAGUCAUGACAACAUGGAGGAGAAGGUGCCCUGGGUGUGCCCCCGGCCCUUGGUUCUGCCCUCACCGCUUGUCACCCCUGGAAGCAACAGCCAGGAGCGGUACAUCCAGGCUGAGCGAGAGAAGGGGAUCCUUCAGGAGCUCUUUCUGAACAAGGAGAGUCCUCACGAGCCUGAUCCUGAGCCCUAUGAGCCCAUACCCCCUAAACUCAUCCCCCUUGAUGAGGAGUGCUCUAUGGAUGAGACCCCAUAUGUUGAGACCCUGGAGCCUGGGGGAUCAGGUGGCUCACCUGAUGGGGCAGGUGGCUCCAAGUUACCUCCUGUUCUGGCAAAUCUUAUGGGCAGCAUGGGUGCUGGGAAGAGCCCCCAGGGCCCUGGAGGAGGAGGCAUCAAUGUCCAGGAGAUCCUUACCUCCAUCAUGGGUAGCCCAAACAGUCAUCCCUCAGAAGAACUGCUGAAACAACCAGACUAUUCAGACAAGAUCAAGCAGAUGCUGGUGCCACAUGGUCUCCUAGGCCCUGGUCCAAUAGCCAAUGGUUUCCCACCAGGAGGCCCUGGGGGCCCCAAGGGCAUGCAGCAUUUCCCCCCUGGCCCUGGGGGACCUAUGCCAGGUCCCCAUGGAGGCCCUGGGGGUCCUGGUGGGCCAGUGGGUCCACGUCUCCUGGGUCCCCCACCCCCUCCCCGGGGAGGUGAUCCCUUUUGGGAUGGCCCAGGUGACCCCAUGCGGGGUGGCCCAAUGCGGGGUGGUCCAGGACCUGGUCCUGGCCCAUACCAUAGAGGCCGUGGUGGCCGAGGAGGAAAUGAACCUCCUCCUCCUCCUCCUUUCCGCGGGGCCAGAGGAGGUCGCUCUGGAGGAGGACCCCCAAAUGGACGAGGGGGUCCUGGCGGGGGCAUGGUUGGAGGUGGAGGUCAUCGUCCCCAUGAAGGCCCUGGUGGGGGCAUGGGCAGCAGCAGUGGACAUCGUCCCCACGAAGGCCCUGGUGGUGGCAUGGGUGGGGGGCAUCGUCCCCACGAAGGCCCUGGUGGAGGAAUGGGUGGUGGCAGUGGCCAUCGCCCCCACGAAGGCCCUGGCGGAGGAAUGGGUGGGGGCAGUGGACAUCGCCCCCCCCAUGAAGGCCCUGGUGGAAGCAUCGGUGGAAGUGGUGGACAUCGCCCCCAUGAAGGUCCUGGACAUGGGGGGCCCCAUGGCCACCGGCCUCAUGAUGUCCCUGGUCACCGAGGCCACGACCAUCGAGGACCACCUCCUCAUGAGCACCGUGGCCAUGAUGGCCCUGGCCAUGGGGGAGGGGGCCACCGAGGGCACGAUGGAGGCCACAGUCACGGAGGAGACAUGUCAAAACGCCCUGUUUGCCGACAUUUCAUGAUGAAGGGCAACUGCCGCUAUGAGAACAACUGUGCCUUCUACCACCCGGGUGUCAAUGGGCCCCCCUUGCCCUAGAGACCACCUGUCUGCCCAACCCACACAACCCCCUGUGGACUGCAGCCUUGCUCCUUCCACCCUAUUAUGGCUUCUGUGAGGCCCAUUUUCCCCUUUCCCCAGCUGAUGAGGAGCCGGCCCCCUAAGUACCCACCUGCUUGGGUUCCUGGGGGUUUUCUGAUCACUGGUGCACAUUGAUGUACAUAUUUUCCUCCAGUCUGGGGAGGAGAGAGACUGGACAUGUUUGUACCCCCCCUGGACUGCUGAAGAGGAGACCCAGUUGACUUCACUUUUUGAGGAGGUUGGCCCUGUACCCCAAACCCCUUUCCAGUAUUACCCUUUAUGCCUGAGAACCUAAAGCUGGUUAUCCUGGAGAAUGCCUCUGCUCCCCUAUCGUGGAUCCUCCACAUGCACACAGAACUCUGACACGGGAUCCGCAGCACUUAUGAAAUCAUCCCAGCCAAGUUCAUUAUUCCUCAUGGGGUGGGGAGGUGGUAAGGGGUAUUGUCUAUCCCACUUGCACUGAGAGGGCUCAAUCAGGCUGGAUUUGAGUUCUGGAACACAUCAUCCCCACUCCUUCCCCUGUCAUGGGCUGUAAAAUUCAGAGUCCUUUCCCAAGUAAGACUUUGCAACCUUCAGUGAACACCGUCUGCGUCCUGGGUCUGCUAGGCUCAGUGAUGGCAAAUGCUCAUCUGCAUCCACUGAAAGUUUCAGCUGGCAUAGGUGAGGGCCACGGUGCCGGUCCGCCUUUGCCUGCAGCUCAUUCUGGAGACUUCUUAAGACACAUCAGUGAGACCAACUUUUCAUCACCUUGAGCCCGCGUGCCGGGCCUGAUGUCACACUACAUGCACUGCCUCUGGGAGCCAGGCCGCUUCUCCCCCACCUGGAGCCUUGUCAGUGUGAGGCUUCCAGCUCCCUUGCCCUGUCAGCCCCCAGAAUCCCCACCAGGGGCUGCCCUGGGUGUAUUCAAAAUGAACUUGUCCUUACCCAGCCCUUAUUUGCCUGUCUUGGCAUCAGUUGUUUUCUAUGAAAACAGUGGAUUGGUUGGGUUUUGUGCAGGGUCUUGGGUUAGAGCCACAAUGGAUUUGAGGAUGAGUAUUUUUCUUUUGGUUUUGUAUAUUUUGUACAUUAAUAAUAAACAGUGGAAAGAGAAGCAGCUUAUUUAA